AUGACGUCAUAACAUUGAUCAGUGUCAUGUCGUCACGUCAGCCAAAUUAUUAAAGGCUGUGUAUAUAUUUAUUAAUAUUUCCUGCCCAAAAUGUAAUGAAGUUAUAAUCUAAUUAUUAGUACACAUAACAUUCCUUUUUACGUAUUUUGUGUAAUAUAGAUUUAAGCUGAAAAAAUGAUGCAAUUUAUGUUGUUAUUCAGCCGUCAAGGCAAGUUGAGACUGCAAAAAUGGUACGUCGCUCAUCCCGAUAAACUGAAGAAGAAGAUCACCAGGGAGCUGAUCACCACAGUACUGGCCAGGAAACCCAAGAUGUGUUCAUUCUUGGAAUGGAAAGAUGUUAAAAUUGUUUACAAAAGAUAUGCAUCCCUGUACUUCUGUUGUGCGAUGGAGCAAGAGGACAAUGAACUGCUUACCCUGGAGUUGAUCCAUCGCUAUGUUGAGCUCCUUGAUAAAUACUUUGGCAGUGUAUGUGAGCUAGACAUAAUCUUCAACUUUGAGAAGGCUUACUUCAUCCUGGACGAGCUUGUGCUGGGUGGUGAGCUGCAGGAGACCAGCAAGAAGAAUGUGCUGAAGGCCAUCGCUGCACAGGAUCUGCUGCAAGAGGAGGAGACUCCCCAGGGCUUCUUCGAGGACCACGGGCUCGGCUAGCAGCUGCGCCCGCGCACCGCCCCGCAAACGUAGCCGCACUAGGACAUAGUCACGUGAUCAUCAAGUAUUCUGAUAUUAGACUUAGUUCAUAUUUGAUAUUGUCCACAGCAUCCCCAAAACAACUUGGUGCGUCUCUGUCACAAGCAUCAUUCGUUUGUACUCUUAUCCCGCUUUAACUAUUUGCAGACGUGUCAAGUUAUUUUGGCGGCAUAGUUAUCCUGCUCUAUGUGACUAAAAUUGGGCGGUAACCAUAACGUCUUAUAUACAAACCAAUAAGGUUCACUUUUCUCUACCACCAUCUUGCGGAAAACGUGUAGAUUAUGUAAAAUAUAUUACAGAAAAACAAACGUAAAUGUUUGUUGUAUGAAGUAUUAAAAUUCUUAAAGUCCGUUUUUAAGUAUUCGAACUAGGGACCUAGCAAAACCUCUGUAAAGCAAUACUGUUGUCAUUGUGGAAAAGAGACAGCUCUACACCAUGUAGUGCCCUCUUGCUUCCACAAAAAUAACAGAUUUACUUUAAGAUGUAAUGUUAGGCCCCUAAACAAUUACUAUUUUGAUCAAAGCUCGGUAUUAGUUCUGUGGUUUAGUUUGCUUAUGCUUAAUCAUCGCAUAAUUACAAUUAAUUAAAAGUAAUUGCAUUUUAGUAUUUUUAGUUAGGAACCAGAGUUGUUAGUGUUAAUAUAACACAUUGUAACGUGGCAACUACUAUGUACUUAAUUUAGUUUUAGUGAAGUGAAAUACACCGCUUGCAGUGUUGUAAGUGAGCAAUAUAUUCUUCCUGUCUUUUUAUCUAUUGGUAAUUGGUACUUGAAAAAUAAGGUGAAUAAUCUUGGUGUGUAUUUAAAAAACAAAUGUAAAACGACAGUAACGAUUCCAAAAUGAAAUAUACUUCUGAAAUAAAUCUGUCGUAUAUAUGUGAUUGUAUAAAAUGACACAUCAAGAAUUCGAAUCUUAUUUUUAAGUACACGAACUAAUGGAAUAUAGUUGUAUAUUUUGAUCUAAACCUUUCUCAAAAUUGUUUUAGCUUUAUUUUAAAUACAUUUGAAAUAUAAACAUCGCGAGUAUUCAAGUUUAGUUUUGGGUCACAACUUUUCUAUAAAAAAUUUAAAACUUUUAAAUCCUUUUGCUGUGUUUAAAAACGGCUGAAACAUUCGUGUAUAUUCUAUGAUAAUAAAUGUUUGUUGUGAAUCUAAAGUCGCCCCAACGUAUAUGGUAGAAUAAUUUAAUAAGUAGUUGUGCCAAAAGAUGCGUACAUUUAUAUUUUCGUAAAUAUUUUAGGAAUUUCGCUUACGAUUGUUAUCCUUGUAUAUCAAAGUAAAUCCUGUUAUUAAAAUCUAUUUAAAAAUACUUAUUGUACCAGUAAAUGUUGUAUUAUAAAAUGUAUUAUCUUGCCCCAGUGACAGAAAGGUUUGCAGAAGCCCAAAUUACCCAGUUAUAAGCUAUUUGUAUAGUAUGCCACAGGUUGUACCUUCUGGAACAUACGUGCGUACAAACACUUCAUGGAAUUGUGUAUCACUAUAGCAUGUAUUGUCUUGAAUAGUUUAGCUUUAACAUUACCGUACACCGUGAAGACUGUUCGAUACCACAUCAUUUGUAUACAUUUCUACAUUUGUAAACUUUACACGAUAAUGUCAUGUGAUACGUAUUUGUGCAUGUUUCGAUUCCCAAGUCUCGCGUCAGACUUUUAUCUCAUAUCAGUUUCAUAUCUACAAUCAAGAGGCCUAAGUAUUAACAAAUAACAUUCUCUUUGAAAUAUAUUGCGUAUUAAAGUAUUAUUAAACAAUAAAA